UCAGAAGGCGGGACUUGACGGAAUACGGGUGGAAAAGGAGGCAGCGCUGUGUGUAAUCCCUGCUAUCCGCUUCUACGCAGCUGCCGGUUUCAGAGGAUGUGUAAUCUCCGGUUUUAAGCAGAGUGAUGAAGAGUGAAGAAGAGGAAAAGAGGGUGAACAUGACGGAGGAGGAGCUGCAGCACUGGGUGCGGGAGCAGGUGGAGAAGGAUGAGCAUCUGGUGCAGAGGAGGGCGCAGUUGGCGCAGGUGGAAGACUGGGUGAAGCGGAAGGAGAGGGAGGCAACGUACACCCAGCUGCUGUACAAUAACGCCUGCGAAUCAGUCCUUGAGUGCGAGUCUGUGAUGAAGGGCUUGUAUGGAAUGCUGGGACUGGAGUAUCGGGACACCGACUCGGAGGAAGAAGGAGGAGCCAAACCUAAGGAAAAUGUCAUUCAGAUCACAGAUGAUUUUGACAACAGAGAGGAUUCGCGUGCUCCUGAUGGUGACGGGGAUGACGACUAUGUUGUCUUCGAUUUAGGGGCUGCUGUUCCUGAAACAGCAGUGAAGGAGGAACUGAAGGAAGUUGAGUUGUCAGCAGGCAUAGAGUCUUCGGAAUUUUCUGUGCAGACGUUAGCUCAGAAGGCGAAAAAAUCUGAGGCUGUUGACCCUCCAACCAAAGUCAAUCCACCAUCACCAUCAACAAACCGGAAAAACAAACCUUCUGACAACCCCUUACCAAGCCUAAAUACUUUAGGAAGCCCCACACCAAUUACUGCUCCACCGCCCUGUGAUUUGCCUGCUCAGUCAUUACCGCCUAAAAAAGAAAGUUCUCCUCCUGUUUCAUCAGGCACAUCUAUACCUAUGAAUGAGACUGUUGAAACCCCUCCAUUGACCACCAUUCCAAACACAUCUUCCACAUCCACGCACAACACAGAUAGACUUGAAACGCCCAGUGAAACAUCUGCCUCUACGAAACAGAAUGUUGACUCUCCAGCGCAACUUGUGGCAUCUACCCCAACAUCCACACUCCCAGUGACAUCUCCUACUACAUCCAAAUCUUCAAAAACAGACUCAGCCAGCCAAAAAAAUGCCUCUAAGAGCAAAAUCUCCAAAGCAACAACAACCUCAGACACUGCCAAGGAAAAGGUUAAAUUGGCCAGUCCCAAACCCAGCAGCAAACCUUCAAGUACCACCACACCAUCCAAUACCGCUAAAGCUGUGCCCGCAGAAAAAGCUAAGGGUGUUGACCCUAAACAAGGCGACAAACCUGAGACUAAGUCAUCUACCUCCAGCCCUCACUCUGGUACCACAAACACCACAACUUCAGACAAGGCUUCCAAAAAAACUUCUUCUACCAAGCCACCAGAUGCUAGAGAAGUCUCUCAGCCAUCACCGGUCACUCCGGUCACACCUGUAAUGCCUGCUCAUGUUCAGAAAGAGGUGGCGCUGAAGGUCAAUAUGAGCGUCCUUGGAAGGCGGAGGACUAAAACAUGGCACCAAGGCACAAUUUUAGACAUCAAAACAACUGAGUCUGGCCCUAGGUAUAAGAUCCUGUUUGAUGGUGGUAAAGGGAAGAGUGUUUUAUCUGCUCAUCACCUGGCUUGUGUUGGCCCUCCUAUGCUGAAGGAUCUUUUUGUGGGGUGUCGAGUUGUAGCCUGCUACAAAGAAGACAGCCAGUCUUGGCUCCAUGCUGCGGUAGUAGUAGAGAUGCCGGACCGCAGGAACCGUAUGAGGUUCUUGGUGUUUUUUGAUGAUGGCCGUCCCGCCUACAUCGCCCUGCCAGACCUCCAUCUGGUCUGUAAGCCAAUGAAGAACAUGUCUGAAGACAUAGAAGAUGAGGUGUGGCGUGCAGAGGUGGAGGAAUAUCUGCAGGCGUAUCCAAACCCCAUCUUUGUGGUGAUGCGGGUGGGGCAGGAUAGCAAGGUGGAACGUGAUGGCCAAAUGGAGCUCUGCACCGUCUGUCAGGUGGAUGGCAGCUUGAUCCAGAUCUGUUACAAGAAAGAUCAGGAGAAAGAGUGGCUGUAUAAAGGCUCAAAUCGAUUGGAGCAAAUCCAAAGGAUAAAGAAGCGAAUGGCAGAGCAGAAGAAGGAACAGGCUGUAAAUAAAGCUGGAUGGAUUGCACCUCAGAAGAACACUAAAGCACCCACCACCACCACCACCACUGACACCCCCGACACCACCACCGCCACUGCUACCUCCUCAGCAACAGUUACCACAGAUACUGAACCCUUAAAAACCUCUGUUGCUCCAAGUGUUUCCCAGACUGUUUCCCCAGUCACAACGUCGUCAAGUAUGACAACAACGUUUGCCAGUAAACCAAUAUCGCAGCCUAGAGUCGUCCUGAACAGGAUCGCCUUGCCUUUGCCGCUGAUGACUGUGAAAACCACCGCAAAAACUGAGCCCACACUAACCACUUCAUCUAACACAGGAUAUAAACGCCCCCCUUCUGAGGAGGAAGACAGCAGAUCACAGAAUGCUCUUCUCCCGGUUGUUGAGCCCCGACUGAAGUAUGUACCUCAUCGCUGCUGCCCGGCUUGUCUCAAUCACGUGAGGCCGAUGCAAAAGGAUCAACACCGUGGCCAGAAUCCACUGCUUAUCCCGCUGCUCCAUGGCUUUCGCCGCAUUACCGCAAGAAGGCGUCUAGAUGGGAAGAUGUCUUUUCAUGUCUUCUAUCGCGCUCCGUGUGGGCGGAGCAUGUGCGAGAUGGAAGAGGUGCAGGCCUUCCUGUUUGAGUCACGCUGUGAUUUCCUCUUCCUGGACAUGUUCUGCCUGGACCCGUUUGUGCUGGUGAAAAGGGCCUUGCUCCCAUCCUCCAUGGCCAGCCGUCCUCAUCUGUUCCUGCCGGACAUUUCAGGAGGAAAGGAGGUGGUGCCUGUGCCCUGUGUUAACGAGCUUAACACGGUCUCUCCACUCCCUCUGACCUACACCAGACACAGACUGCCUGCUCCUGGUGUCUUCGUCAACACUAACCUUGACUUCAUGGUGGGCUGUGACUGUACUGAUGGCUGCCGAGACAGGUCAAAGUGCGCCUGUUACCAGAUGACCAUCGAGGCCACGUCGUUGUUCACCGGUGGUCCUGUGGAUGUCACUGCCGGAUACACACAUAAGCGAUUGCCCAGAUACGUUCCCACUGGGGUGUACGAGUGUAACCCUCUGUGUCGCUGCGAUCCGUGGCUGUGUGGCAACAGACUGGUUCAGCAUGGCCUUCAACUGCGCCUGGAGGUUUUCAUGACUCAGCACAAAGGCUGGGGCCUGCGCUGCCUGGACGACAUGUCCAAGGGUACAUUCGUGUGUGUGUUCACGGGUAAAGUAGUCAAGGAUGAGGUGGUGAACUCAGAAAGUGCCAUGUCUGGCAACGAGUAUUUGGCCAAUCUGGACUACAUUGAAGGAGUGGAGAAACUGAAGGAGGGUUAUGAAAGUGAAGCUUACUGCUCUGACAUAGAAGAAGAGAGCGACAAGAAGACUCUCGUAACAAUGACAACAGGAGCAUUAAAGAAACAUGGAGUGUUUCAAAUGGACUCAAGUUCUAGCAGUGGUGAAGAAAAGGAAGUGACAAACCAACAGAAGGUGGAAACAAAAAUGACACCCGGUGAAAGGGAGAGAAAAGCAAGUGAUGACGAGUUGGAAGAUGAUGAUGAUGUAGAUGAUGAAGAUUAUAAGAUGAGCUCGAAUGACGAUACGGGAGCGGAGCAGAAAUACUUGAGCAAUGACUGUAAGAGGAGCUACACCACACGGAGAAAUACCAAGAUCCCAGAAAAAAAAGAAUUUCAUAAUAAUGUCCAGACAUCUCCUAAAAUCUCAGAGGAGCAAACGGAGGUGACCGCUUCCAUGGCCAAGAAGAUGAGAAAAGAGGGUCCCAGAGGGCCUAAGGUGGGAUUUGCCAAGAAGUCUACACGUGCUUUCGCCAUCAAGUCUAGUCAUAGGAGAGUGAAGCCACAAGCAGUGCCUGAGAAAUGUGUGCAAGAAGAGAAAACAGCACAUGGCAGAAGGUGCACUCGAAGCCUGUUUGACGGAGAAAAGUCUUGCUAUCUCAUCGACGCCAAGCAGGAGGGAAACCUGGCACGAUAUAUUAACCAUAGCUGCAGUCCCAAUUUGUUCGUCCAGAAUGUUUUCGUGGACACGCAUGACCUCCGCUUCCCCUGGGUUGCAUUCUUCACCAGCAAGCGUAUCAGGGCUGGAACGGAGCUGACGUGGGAUUACAGCUAUGAAGUGGGCAGUGUGGAGGGCAAGGUGCUGCUCUGCUGCUGUGGCUCAGCCGAAUGCACGGGCCGGUUACUCUGAGCUCCUCUGUGUACAUCAAUAAAUCUUUCAAAACGGACUGUUCGGUUUCUGGAGUCCAUCACACUGAUGUUGUGAUGGACCAAAGGAACUAGAGAUUUGUAUCGCACAACCAGGUUCCUUACUUGCCAAAUGAAUUUAUAAUUCAGGAACUGAAGGCUGGGUGUACACGGCAUGCUUUUAGCCUAAUUUAGCCUCUAAUAAAACUCUAAUAAAUUUAAAAAUUAAUUUGGAUAUGCUAUACUUGUUAAUAAAAAGGAUGAAAUGUU